CUAAGCAUCACCGACGAAGCAAGAUUCCAUAUCCGUCGCCGGGGUCCGUCCAAAACAACUCCAAUUGACCGUCAUAUUCUACGAUAUAUAUCACAUCACACACCGUGGAAGUCGGAGGGCGGAAUGUUUAAACUCCGUAGCGUGGCCAUGGAAGCUUUUACCUUGAAGCUUCUCAUCCUCUUCUUCGCCCCCCUCUUCCUAUUCCUCUUCCUCAGGCGUAGCCAUGGCCGACGGAGGGGCCACGGCAAACCCCUCCCUCCCGGCCCGUUCAACCUCCCCGUCAUCGGCAGCCUACACCACCUCCUCGGCCCGUUGCUGCACCAGACCCUCGCGUCCAUGUCCCAGCGAUACGGCCCCGCCAUGCUCCUCAAGUUCGGCCAUGUCCCCACCCUCGUCAUCUCCUCCGUUGGGGCCGCCGCCGAGAUCAUGAAGACCCACGACGUCAGCUUCGCGACGCGCCCCGUCAUCCAUUCAGCCACGUUGAUCGCCUACGGCGGCGACGGCAUUGUCUUCGCGCCCUACGGCAUCUGCUGGCGCGAGCUCCGCAAAAUGAGCAUGGUGGAGCUCCUCAGCGCCAAGCGCGUCCAGUCCUUCGGCCACAUCCGCGAGGAUGAGGUGCUGAAAUUUAUGCGCUCCAUUAUGUUGGAACCCCAAAGCGUGAAUCUUAGCAGCGGAUUUAAGGUGCUCGCGAACGACAUCGCGGCGAGGGCCAUCAUCGGGAGCAAGUGCGAGUACCAGCAGGAGUUCCUGCGGUUGAUAACGAAGGGGCUCGAAGCAGCGGGGGGAUUCAACUUGGCCGACUUGUACCCGUCGUCGCUGCUCCUCGGGUUGCUCAACCGUUUGUUCUCUGCCAAGAUGCAGCGGCUGCACCUCGAGGCGGAUGCCAUCUUGGAUGGCAUCAUCAAGGAGCACAGACAGAGGAGUAAGACGUCCGCAGAGCAGAGCGCAGAGGUGGACAUGGUGGAUACCCUGCUCAAGGUUCAAGCUGAAGGCAGCCUUCCGUUUCCUCUCACGGACUUGUCCAUCAAAGCUAUGAUUUUUGAUCUUUUUGCAGCGGCGAGCGAGACGACCUCUACGACCAUGGAAUGGGCGAUGUCGGAGCUGAUGAAGAAUCCGAUGGCGAUGAAGCGGGCGCAGGAGGAAGUGAGGCGGGUGGUGGGAGGCAAGGGGACGGUAACCGAGGACGACGUCGGCGAGAUGAGUUACCUCAAGCUGGCGGUGAGGGAGUCGAUGAGGCUUCACCCUCCCCUGCCUCUGUUGCUGCCGCGGGAGUGCCAGGAAUCGAUGGAGGUGAUGGGCUACUGGAUUCCGGCGAAGACGAGGGUGCUGGUGAACGCGUGGGCGCUGGGGAGGGACCCGAGGUACUGGGACGACGCCACGGAGUUCGAGCCGGAGAGGUUCGCCGCCGGUGGGAGGAGCUGCGGGGUGGACUCGAAGGGGACCAAUUUGGAGCUCAUACCGUUCGGGGCGGGUAGAAGGAUGUGCCCCGGUAGCACGUUCGGGAUGGCGACCGUGGAGCUGGUUCUCGCUUGCCUCCUCUACUACUUCGACUGGGAGAUGCCGGUCCCGGGCGACGGAAGACCGGCGAAGAAACCGAUGGAGUUGGACAUGGAGGAAGAGUUCAUGCUGGCGUGCCAUAAGAAGACGCAGCUUUGCUUGCGCGCGAUCCAAAGAAUCCGCAGCGAUCUCGAUCGAGCAAAACACUAGACAGGGCCGUCAAUAUCAUCUUCAAGUUGCUGUUCAAAUCUAUCCCAGUAAUAUUAAGAUAGUUCACAUGCCAUCUAAUCUUGUCCAGAAUCUGAAUCGGAUAAAGAACAGAUGAAUUAUUACGGAAGUUGACGGAAGGAUGACUGAAAUACUUUUCUUAUAUAUGUUUUUAAAAAUGGACUCCCACGUGGUAAUGAAGGACGACGAUAACUGAGCCGACAGUACUUGAGCUCUGCACAUACUUAGACGAGCACACGGACAUUAGAGGCCAGAAAUCAGAAGAAAAGUCUCCGAAAUAGGUUCUUCGAUGUUUAAGUCAGGUAUUUUUUUCAGAAAAACAGUGUAUGAAGAAUAAAGAAAGUAAAAGACAAAUGA